AUGGCCCAAUCCUGCUGCUCCCCUUGCUGCCAGCCCACCUGCUGCAGGACCACCUGCUGCCAGCCUUGCUGCCGCCCUACUUGCUGUCAAACCACCUGCUGCACCACUUGCUACCAACCAGCUUGUGGGACCAGCUGUUGCCGUCCUUGCUGCCGCCCAGCCUGCUGCGUGUCCAGCUGCUGCCAGCCCUGCUGCCGCCCAACCUGCUGCGUGUCCAGCUGCUGCCAGCCCUGCUGCCGUCCAGCCUGCUGCGUGUCCAGCUGCUGCCAGCCCUGCUGCCGCCCAGCCUGCUGCGUGUCCAGCUGCUGCCAGCCCUGCUGCCGUCCAACCUGCUGUGGGUCCAGUUGCUGCCAACCACCUUGCUGCCGCCCUACUUGCUGUCAAACCACCUGCUGCACCACCUGCUACCAACCAGCUUGUGGGACCAGCUGUUGCCGUCCUUCCUGUUGCAGCACACCCUGCUGCCAGCCCACCUGCUGUGAGUCCAGCUGUUGCCAGCCUUGCUGCCGCCCUGUGGGCUGCUGCCAGCCAGCUUGCUCUGGCCCCGUGUACUGCCACAGAACCUGCUAUCUCCCAACAUGCGUCAGCCUGCCUGGUUGCCUGCCUGAGAGCUUCGGGAACAUCAGCUGCCGCCCAGCUUGUGGUGGAUCCAGCUGCUGCCAACCUUCCUGCUGCUGA